UAAAUCUCUACCGAAGUCCCAUGAUCCCAUCUGUGCAGCCCUAGAGUAAGAGGACGGGGGUGAGAGAGAGAGACCCAUCUUGUUUUUCCCUUCCUGCUGCAGCUAGUGAAGACGAGGAAUUCAGAAAUUUCUUAGUCGUUCAUCGAUUUUACUUCCACAAGCGGGUUGAUGUCUAGGGUUUUUGCGAGGUUGGAUUUGUAGGAUUUUCCGAUUUUUUUGUUCUUAUUAUUGUUGUUGUAAUAGUGAUGGAUGAGGUGAAACAUAAGUCGAGGAGAGAGAAUGCGGAGAGGAAGGAAGAUUUGAAGAGGGGAGCGUUGAUGAGAAGUACAGGGAGAGGGAUAGAGAAGAUAGAGAGAGAUGACAGAAACGGAGAAGAAAGAGAGAGGAAGAGGAAAGAGAGGGAGAAGUUGAAAGAUAGAGAGCACAGAGAGAGGGAAAGAGGUAAAGAGAGAGACAUAGACAGAGAAGACAAAGAUAGGGAAAGGGAGAAAGAUAGAGAGCACAGACAGAGAGAUAGAGAGGAUCGGGAGAGGGAGAGAGAUAGAGAUAAAGGGAGGGAACGAACAAGAGAGAGGAAAGAAAGGGAAGAAAGAGAGCGUGAGAGGGAAGAUGGGGAGAGGGAGAGGGAAAGGGAAAAGGAAAAGGAGAGGGAAAAGGAGAGGGAGAGGGAGAAGCGUUGAGAACUGGAUAGGGAUGAGGACAGGGAAGCAGAUGAUUAUGACAGGAAACGACAGAGGAUGGAGGUGGAUUAUAAUCAGGAAAGAGAACGUGAGCGGAAGAAAUUGGAUGAGGAGAUGGACAAGCGAAGGAGGAGAGUUCAGGAAUGGCAUCAAUUGCGAAGGAAGAAGGAAGAAUCUGAAAGAGAGAAGUGUGGUGAAGUGAAUGGGGAUGAACCAAAGUUGGGUAAGAACUGGACCCUUGAAGGAGGAUCAGAUGAUGAUGAAGCUGUUGUUGCAGGGAAGUCGGAGAAGGAUGUGGACUUGCAGGAGGAUGCCAAGCCUGCUAGCAUAGGUGCAGAUGCCAUGGUGGUUGAUUCUGAGAAUGGAAGUGGAGUGCCUAUGGGACAAAAUGGCGGUGACAGUGUCAGUGGGGAGGAGGAAAUUGACCCAUUGGAUGCUUUCAUGAAUUCUAUGGUAUUGCCUGAAGUUGAGAAACUGAACAGUUUUGUGGACACUUCGAAGGUUGAGGAUAAAAAAUCUGAUUCCAAGAAUGCCCAAAAAGACGGUAUGAGUAAUGGAGUUCAACCAAAGAAAGGUAUAAAUAAAUCUAUUGGAAGAAUAAUUCCUGGAGAGGAUUCUGAUUCAGAUUAUGGUGACCUUGAAAAUGAUGAACUUCCACCAGAAGAUGAAGAUGAUGAUGAAUUCAUGAAAAGAGUGAAGAAGACCAAAGCUGAGAAAUUAACUUUAGUUGAUCACUCAAAGAUCCAGUACCCACCUUUCAGGAAGAAUUUCUAUAUUGAAGUAGAGAUUUCAAGGAUGACGUCCAAAGAGGUACCUGCUUACAGAAAGCAACUAGAAUUGAAGAUACAUGGAAAGGAUGUACCAAAGCCUGUUAAGACAUGGAACCAGACUGGUCUUGUGAGUAAAAUAUCGGAUACAAUAAAAAAGCUUAACUAUGAGAAGCCUAUGCCCAUCCAAGCUCAGGCAUUACCAAUAAUUAUGAGUGGUCGAGACUGCAUAGGAAUUGCAAAGACUGGUUCAGGGAAAACCUUGGCAUUUAUUUUACCAAUGUUGAGGCAUAUCAAAGACCAACCACCUGUUGCUCCUAGGGAUGGUCCUAUUGGGCUUAUAAUGGCACCUACAAGGGAGCUUGUCCAGCAGAUCCAUAGUGAUAUCAAGAAGUUUGCUAAGGCAGUGGGUGUUAACUGUGUACCUGUAUAUGGAGGUUCUGGAGUUGCCCAACAAAUAAGUGAAUUAAAGCGGGGAGCUGAGAUUGUUGUGUGCACUCCAGGUAGGAUGAUAGAUAUACUUUGUACUAGUAGUGGAAAGAUAACAAAUCUCCGCAGAGUUACGUAUCUGGUUAUGGAUGAAGCGGAUAGAAUGUUUGACAUGGGUUUUGAACCUCAGAUUACUCGCAUUGUUCAAAAUACCCGGCCAGAUCGACAGACAGUACUCUUCUCUGCCACUUUUCCUCGUCAAGUUGAGAUGCUGGCACGUAAAGUGUUGAACAAGCCUGUGGAAAUACAGGUUGGGGGAAGGAGUGUGGUGAACAAGGACAUAACACAGUUGGUUGAGGUGAGACCAGAAAGUGAAAGAUUUCUAAGACUCCUAGAGCUAAUUGGGGAAUGGUAUGAAAAGGGAAGGAUUUUAAUAUUUGUCUACACACAAGAAAAAUGUGAUUCUUUGUUCAAAGACUUGCUAAGACAUGGUUAUCCUUGCCUCUCUCUUCAUGGAGCUAAGGAUCAAACAGAUCGUGAAUCCACCAUUUCUGAUUUCAAGAGCAAUGUCUGCAACCUGUUGAUUGCAACAAGUGUUGCAGCAAGGGGGUUAGAUGUCAAGGAGCUUGAGCUAGUAAUCAACUUUGAUGUCCCAAAUCACUAUAAAGACUAUGUUCAUCGUGUUGGACGGACUGGUCGGGCAGGCAGGAAAGGCUGUGCUAUUACAUUUAUAACAUUUAUAUCAGAGGUGGAUGCAAGAUAUGCUCCAAAUCUUGUAAAAGCCCUGGAACUUUCUGAACAAGCAGUUCCUGAAGACCUGAAGGCUCUGGCUGAUGGUUUCAUGGCAAAAGUAAGUCAAGGACUUGAACAAGCCCAUGGCACUGGUUAUGGGGGAAGUGGUUUUAAGUUCAAUGARGAAGAGGAUGAAGUGAGAAAAGCUGCAAAGAAAGCACAGGCAAGGGAAUAUGGCUUUGAGGAAGAAAAGUCAGAUUCAGAGUCUGAAGAUGAAGGGAUCCGGAAGGCAGGAGGGGACAUCACACAGCAAGCUGUCCUUGCUCAGGUUGCUGCUUUAGCUGCAGCCUCCAAGGUAAGUAUGGCUUCAGUGCCAACCCCUAUCACUGCAGCACAAUUUCUUCCAAAUGGAGGACUACCUGUAACUUUGCUUGGUGUCCUUGUACCAGGCACGGCAGCUGUUGUUCCUGGGGCUACACUGCGUAUUGUCCCUAAUGAGGGAGCAGCUCGUGCUGCAACAUUGGCAGCUGCCAUGAAUUUGCAGCAUAACCUGGCAAAGAUCCAAGCUGAUGCAAUGCCUGAACACUAUGAAGCAGAGCUUGAAAUUAAUGAUUUCUCCCAGAAUGCUCGUUGGAAGGURACCCAUAAGGAAACUUUAGGUCCAAUUUCUGAAUGGACAGGAGCUGCCAUUACAACAAGGGGGCAGUAUUAUCCACCUGGUAAAAUUCCAGGACCUGGUGAGCGCAAGCUCUACCUGUUCAUCAAGAGACCUACUGAACAGUCUGUAAAGAGAGCAAAAGCAGAGGUAAAACGUGUUUUGGAGGAUAUCACCAACCAGGCAUUGUCACUCCCUGGUGCAGCCCAACCAGGAAGGUACUCAGUUCUGUGAGAUACUGGUUAAGAUUUCUCUAGUUGGAUGAAUGUGUACUUUUUCGUUUUCCAUCUGCUGGAAAACCGUUCCUUGGACCUCUGUACUCCAGAUUCUAUUUUUCUUUGGAUGUUUAUACUUGGCCUACUGGGAUUCACCUUCUUAUCUUUGGUUGUGGAAAAUCAAUAUAUUUACGGCCAAAAUGAUUUCUUUGGUAA